CCCUCAGCUCAGGUUUUAGAUCCUUUCUAGGGAAUCCGCCUCCCUGGGCUUUUCUGACAACAGCAAACCGAAACCCACCGCCCUUUGGCGCCAGGUUUCUGCGUGGGUUGUGGGUUUCUUCCCACUCAUCAAUGAGUGGUGGGGAAAGCAAAACACUUGGGGAAUGAGGCGUUUUCAUAACGUCAUUUGUUUAGUCUAGAAAAGGAACGUGGCUCUUUAACGACAGGAAAGCUGCGGAGUCCCAGAAACUGGAAAUCCGACCAGAUAUUAUCUGGCACCAGGGAAGCGCAUCCAGUCGACUGGACUUCCAGGAGACGGUGGCGGGGCGCGGCGGGCCCAGGGCGGCCCCUUAGGGAUCGGCGCCCGGGGGAAGGUCGGUGGCCCGCCCCAGAAUGCCUGUCUGGGGCGGUGGAAACAAGUGUGGGGCCUGCGGAAGGACUGUGUACCAUGCCGAGGAGGUGCAGUGUGAUGGGAGGAGCUUCCACCGCUGCUGCUUUCUGUGCAUGGUUUGCAGGAAAAAUUUAGACAGCACAACAGUGGCAAUUCAUGAUGAAGAGAUCUAUUGCAAGUCCUGCUACGGGAAAAAGUAUGGACCAAAAGGUUACGGUUAUGGACAGGGUGCUGGCACGCUCAACAUGGACCGUGGUGAGAGGCUGGGCAUCAAGCCAGAGAGUGCUCAACCUCACAGACCUACAACCAACCCAAAUACUUCCAAAUUUGCCCAGAAAUAUGGAGGUGCUGAGAAGUGUUCCAGAUGUGGGGAUUCUGUAUAUGCUGCUGAGAAGAUCAUUGGAGCUGGGAAGCCCUGGCACAAAAACUGCUUCCGAUGUGCCAAGUGCGGGAAGAGUCUUGAAUCAACAACUCUGACUGAGAAAGAAGGUGAAAUCUAUUGUAAAGGAUGCUAUGCAAAGAAUUUUGGGCCUAAGGGAUUUGGCUAUGGUCAAGGAGCAGGAGCCCUCGUGCAUGCUCAGUAAAGGUGUGAACCCAGAACUAAACAUCACACACUUAGAAUCUGUUCAUAAUCAAAAUAUAGAUGACCUUCCAACACUAAAGCACUGUGAAACUCUACCAAGAAGUACUGUGUAUUACACCCUAUGUGUGCAUAAGACUAACUUGUAGGAAGACAGCACUGCAAUCUCUCACUUUAUUUACUAGCAUUUUGAAGAGCAUGCCUUUUACAUUUUAAAUAAAAUUUCUGCUUCA